AUGAAUAAGAAAGAAUUGGAUGGUAAUAGUGCUGAUCUUCUUGCAACAUCAAAUCACGUCUUUGAAAAUAAAGAUGAUGAUCGUAAAGAUGACAGCAAUUGUAGAAUUGAUAAAGACAAAGACAAAUCAGAGAAUAAAAUGAGUCAAGUAUCUUCACCAAUGCAAUUCCCAUUACAACCACAAUUGCAAUCGCAUUCGCAACCUAAUCUUCCCACAAUAAUCAGCAAACAAAGUGUCGUAACCAACAAAGAAUACAAUAGCCACCCAAACCAAAGUCCAACUUGUUUGCCACCAUAUCUUAGCACACAACUGCAACAAUACAAACAAAAUCAAAAGCCAGACUCAAAACCAGAAUCAAAACCAGAAUCAAAAUCAAAAUCAAAAUCAGAACCAGAUUUAUUAGAGUUGUCACAAUCAAGCUCCAAUUUUAACACUCCUCGCGGAACAAGUAUUAUCCAUAAGGAGAACACGCCAUCGAAUGAUAAACAAAACCAGCAACAUGGCAAUGAACAAAAAAUUGCCAAUUUAUCUUUACCGUUACCAUUACCUCUACCUAGCACUGACAAUGAAAGGUGGAGUCACAACAGGCGUCAUAGUCGCACAACUAUAGAAGAAUCACUCUUGAGUAAAUUUGAUUCCGAAGUCCUAAGCAAUAGCGAAGCAACAAAGACUCUCAACAAACUUCGAGUCGAGACUAGGGAAAAAUAUUUGUACCAAAUUCGUCGAUAUGUUAGAUUCUGUGCAAAUAAGGGCAUGGACAAUUUUUUUGUUACUUUAGAGUUGGCAAAGGAGCUCGUUGAACAGGAACUGCAUAGAAAAGGGGGGAUAAAAAUUAAUACUAUAAAAAGUAUAAGAAGCCCCAUUGCCAAACUUUAUCAAAUGAAUAAAAUUGUAUAUGGAGCUUUACAACCUGACACAAUCCUAGGCGAUCAGUUCAUUAAAGAAACAAUGACUACGCAAAAUAUCAAUGAGCAACUUGGCAAACAUUCCCACCUGCAACCUAACACAAUGGGAUCAAACAUUACACCCUCUUCAGCUUCUGGAUCUUCUGGAUCUUCUGGAUCUUCUGGAACAUCUGUAACAUCAGGGGUGUCGGGAGCUUCUCGUAGCUCUGAUGGAUCCAUUAGACCUACUGAAGCUACUGAAAAAGCUGUGGCUACUGGAGCUCUUGGAACUGGACAAAUAAAUUUAGGAGAUGGUUGUGAACACAACACUACUACAACGACAAAUACAACUACAACUACAACUCCUAGCACAAAUAGUGGAAGUCUAUUAAGUUUACAACAAGUAAGUCAAGCCAAUAUAAAGAAACUAGAACCCAAUUCUUUGCAACGUAUUAGUGGAGAAAAACCUCUGUCACAAGACACCUCUGUUUCACCACCAAAAAAUCCCGUGUUUAGUCGCAUCGGAGACACUAUAAUUUAUUCAGGGGCUGGACAACUUAAAUCAUCAUCUUCUUCCAGUAUAGUCAACACCGGCACCAAAUAUUUUAGAUUGAGCGAAAAUUCAAAACAUAGAUUAACAGAAAAUGAGGAAAAAUUACUACGCAAGUUUGACGACGAGGUGUUGGAAAGUAUCAAGACCCAAGAUAUAUUACUAAACUUGACGGAAAACACUUUCAAGUCCUAUGCAACUGAUAUCAAAAGAUUCAUCAAGUUUUGUGCCAAAAAGGGAAAAACAGACUUUCUUAUAGAUGAACAGAUCCUUACCAGGUUUCUUGUUUUUGAAACAGGGAAAAAUAAAAAAAAUAGAUUGAAGAAUAUUAGAACCAGUUUGUUAAAAUUGCACCAAUUGAACUGUCUUGCUUACGAUUUGGAAUUCUCUGAAGGUAACAUUGUUUUGGUGAUGAAUCGGUUUUUGGAUAACAAUCAAACUCAUGCUCACAACCAAAACUACUCUUAUGGAAAUCCUCAUUUUCCUGCACCUCUUUCCACUCCACCACCAAAAACACUAAAACCACUACCGCCGCCACCGCCACCACAACUCCCACCUUCUUGUUCUUCUCAUUACCUUCAUCUUGCUCAUCAAAACGCCUCAUCAAAUGAACUGCUGCUGCUUCAACAACUCCAAGAUUUGUAUGCAAUGGAGGAUUCUGAUGAUGAUCAAUUGGUUGUUAAGCUUAAAGGUUUUUACCAAACUUCAAAUGUGUUAAGCGGCUUGUCUGAAACAAGCAAAAAAUUGUAUGCAAAUGAGUUUAACCGCUAUGCAUUGUUUUGUUCUAAAAUUGGUUUGGAUCAUUUCGACUUGACUGGGGGAUUGAUCAAACGAUUUUUUAUUGAAGAAGUGAUUGCAAGAUCUCCAAAAAUCACAAGCAAAAAGCUUCAAGAGAUAUUGAGUCGUCUUAACCGAUUGCACGCAUUAAAUGUGGAAUUGAAAGUUUCUCAAUCUGACACGAUUGAAGGUAUAGAGCAGGUAAAAAGUUUUCUCCGUGAAUACAAUGGAAAAGGAAAUGAAAAAGAAAAAGGAAAAGGGGACGGAAAUGAGAAAGAAAAUGAAAAUGAAGAUGAAAAUGAAAAUGAAAAUGAAAACGAAAAUAAAGACAAUGAUAAAAUCAUUCAAAAACAAACCUUAUUUCAAGAGUGUGAUCCCGCUGUAAAGCCACAACCGCCAACUGAAGCAGCGGUAGCAAAAAUUGGUGGUUCUCCGAAAAAGACAGCAAGUUCAACUUCAUCAAUGAUAACAGCAUUGCCUUCCAAUGUUGCUGCUACCACAGCGGAUUCAACCUCCAGUGUAAAAGAAAAAGAAGGAAACGGAGGUGGAAAAGCAAGUAGCUCCAGCACAGAUGGAAAUGGUGCAGAUACCCUUUCAGGUGCAUCAUCUUCUGGAUCAUCUGGCGCGGGAUUGCCUCAAUUGCAUUUCACCAACGACAAUAUUGGUGGUGGUGCUGUUGGCUCGCUGUCCUCGGAGCAAACAAGUGGUGCUGAAGCUCGAACCACCUUAUCCAAGACACCCUCUUCGUCAAAAAAACACCAACAAAAACACAACCAAAAAGUUCAAGCCAGCAGUGCCGAUGGCGGUAAUGCCGCUCGUAAAAGCAAAUUUGCAUUCCACUCGUAUAGCUCAAGACCAGAUGUGUUUGAGUCUUCAAGAGGAAGUGGUAGUAGUGGAGUACACACUGAUGGAAAUGAACAAGCAACAAAUGAGCUAGGCCCAAAAGAUAAUAUACUUGAAGGUGUUGAAUUUCAACCGGUAGUAGGAAGUUCAAAGGACCAUCUGCAAGUACAUCAACACAAUCAGCCACGUAUAUCCACAAAGAAAGCAAUAAAAAACUACAAUGAUGAUAUUGUGCAAGCAGGUGUACCAAUGACUGCUAUUUAUGGCAACCAAAUAGAUCGAAGCCAUGCUCAUGGCUGUAAAGACUAUCUGGACAAAAUUAGUAGAAACACCAACGACAGUAAUAGUGACAAAGACGAGAGCAAUAACAGCAUAAAUGACAGUAAACAUAACAGUGAUAAUGACAGCGAUAAUGACAACGACAUUGAUAAACCUCAUGUUAUCGCUACUACUAGAGCCAAAGAAUCACAAUAUCUAUCGCUGCCUUUAAAAGAAGGAGAUAAUUCACAACAUGCCUCUUCAUCAUCAGCAAAACGACAAAAAGUUGGUGAGAGACUACCUGAAACCAAUGACUCAAUCCCCAAGUUCGUCAUGAAUAGACAUUUGGAUUCCAUCACGCAAUUGGUUGAGGAAUGGACCUUGAUUGUGAAGCGUAAACAAAAGUACGACCUAGGCUGGAUCAAAAGCUUGAUUGAUUAUCAAAUCUAUAACAACCGAAAACUAAUCAUGGACUUGAUUGUGGAGUUGUUACCGGUAUUAGAUGAAAGACAUGUAGGGGUGAAAUUGGAUGAAAUGAAUUAUUUCAGCGGAAACGGAAAUGGCAAUAGCACGGGCAGUAGUACUGGAAAUAGUAAUGAGAGCGCAAAUAGUAACAGCUCAGAACUUCAUGACGAUGUGUUUGAAAUAGCACAAAUCUUUGACCAAUACCUUGAUAGAAAGAGAUUGACGUUGGAGGGAUUGGUGAAAAAGAUUGAGACCUAUCCCGUUUACAUCAAACGGGAAUUUUCCAGAAUCUUGACCAGACGCAAAAGGAACAUCAACUGA